CGCUGCUGCUGCUGCUGCUGUCACAGAGCAGCCCACAGGGCUCCACAUUUAUUUUUGGAUUGCCAUGGUGCCUGUUCCUGCCAUUUGUAGGAAGGGGGGUCGAGUUGGUCUAAACAUGAACCUGCCGUUCUGACACUCCGGGCUGGGACAGGAAGGCAGGCAGCUGGCCGGCGACCCCCCAUGCAGCAGUCCUACAGGGGGAACCUGUCUGGAGUGCUCUGAACACCAGAACCAAGUUUUUACCUGGGUGCUGAAACACUCAUGGCUGUUGCUUAUGGCACAAACAGCCAGCCAGGCCUGCUUUCUCAGCAGUAUGCUCCAGCUCUACUGCCCAAGCCUGGAAAGGACAAUCUUCGUCUUCAGAAACUCCUGAAAAGGACUGCCAAGAAAAAAGCUGCUGCUCAGUCAUCACAGUCUGCCACACCUUUCCGGUCCAGCCUUUCGCCUGUAAAUGAAGCAAGCCCUGACCUCGAGUAUUCGACCCCUCCUCGUACACCAGAAGCUCUGUCCAGCUUCUACAGCGUCCAGCAACCCCCGCGCUUCAGCGUCAGGCCGCUGUAUCAGCAUGUUGCAUCUCCUUACCCACAGCGAGCCGCUUACGGUAGAGCAGCUAGGAUGUCGCCUCCAACGGCGGCCAUCCCUUCAUACUCCGUCACGACAUACUCGUCUUAUACCGCACUUGAUCCCCAUUCUGGGGGCUCAAGCUUUAUGGGGCAAGUUCCCCAACCAGUGGUAGCCAAGACAUCCCAGUUAUCCUCUGCUGUGCCUGAGAUAACUGUUGAAGCUACUGAAGUGAAAAAACCAGAAGCUGAAAGUCAUGCUGGUCCGAGAUCUGCCACAGCCAAACCCAAAAGUCCAGGUCCAACUCCAUAUCCAGAAGCAGCAGGUCAGGCUGUGAUUCGACCCCUUACUGUGUUGACUCCAUUUAUUAGAUCCAAAAGUCCACGUCCCAGAUUUAAAGCAACGGAACGCUCAAAAUCUCCAAGACCAAUGUUUGAAGUCCCUAAAAUUAGGAUGUACACAGCAAGUACAUCGUAUUAUGAGACAUCAAGGACACCACCAGUAUACGACUCGGCUGGAUUGACUGCUAUUGGUGGUAUUGUAGCUCAAAGCAAGACAUUUGCUGAAGAUUUUAAUCAAGCAUCUGAGGUCAGAGAAAGUCUAACAACAACAACAACACAACCUCCCCCAAUUGGCACAUAUUCUCAGAGAAAGACACCACCUUCAGAAAGCAAAAGAGGUACCGCACCAACAACAGAGAUCAAAAUUCCUACAUCAGAAUUGAGAAGAGCCACUUCACCAGCAGAAAUCAACAGAGCAACUCAAUCGCAGAAUGAAAAAGCCACACUAACUCAAAUUACAAGUGUUACUCCAACACCAGAGAUCAGAAGCACCACUCAAGCAACUGAAAUUAAAAGUGUUACUCCAACAUCAGAGAUCAGAAGCACCACCCAAGCAACUCAAAUUAAAAGUGUUACCCCAACACCAGAGAUCAGAAGCACCACCCAAGCAACUCAAAUUAAAAGUGUUACCCCAACACCAGAGAUCAGAAGCACCACUCAAGCAACUCAAAUGAAAAGUGUUACUCCAACACCAGAAGUUUCAUUAUCAAGAAUGUCAUUAGGGCGGGCCAGAACCCCAGCGUUCCACGCAGCGCGAGCCAAAACUCCAGUCUUUGAAAUUUCAAGACCCAAUCCACUCUUAUUUGCAGUUUCACCAAUCCCAGUUGAGCCAGAGAGGUCAAGGACACCCAAAACAAUUUCUUCUGUGAGCGGUCCACCUGCCUCUCAAACUGUGAAUAUUACAGAGCUCCCUGAAAUAUUACCAAAUGGAGACAUUCACUCUGACAUCCCACCUGCAGAUAAAGCAACACAACAAGAAGCUAUGACAAAGUCAGAGCCUGGUUUGACAAGUGGAAUGAUCCCAGCUCCACACGUUGCCUCUAAACGAUCCAAUACUCCAACAUAUGGGCCACCAACACCAGUAGUGACGGGAUAUCAGAGGCCAAAGACACCAACACAUGGGCCACCAACACCAGUAGUGACGGGAUAUCAGAGGCCAAAGACACCAACUCAAGGGCCACCAACACCAGUAGUGACAGGAUAUCAGAGGCCAAAGACACCAACUCAAGGGCCACCAACACCAGUAGUGACAGGAUAUCAGAGGCCAAAGACACCAACUCAAGGGCCACCAACACCAGUAGUGACAGGAUAUCAGAGGCCAAAGACACCAACUCAAGGGCCACCAACACCAGUAGUGACAGGAUAUCAGAGGCCAAAGACACCAACUCAAGGGCCACCAACACCAGUAGUGACAGGAUAUCAGAGGCCAAAGACACCAACUCAAGGGCCACCAACACCAGUAGUGACAGGAUAUCAGAGGCCAAAGACACCAACUCAAGGGCCACCAACACCAGUAGUGACAGGAUAUCAGAGGCCAAAGACACCAACUCAAGGGCCACCAACACCAGUAGUGACGGGAUAUCAGAGGCCAAAGACACCAACUCAUGAAGCCUCCCGACUUAUGUCCACAUCACCUGGCUAUAAACGACCAAAGACACCAACGUAUGGGACAUCGUCAAGCCCACAAAAACAUGUCCCACCAGUUUCUCAAAAGCCAAAGACUGGCUAUCGUGGACUAACACCGGCUGAAUAUGCUGCUUACGGAGGAAUUAAAACACACUCCUCUGCAUUUGGUUUCUCAAGUUCUGUGAUGCUGACACAUGAUGAGGUCAAAGCUGAACAAAAAGUACCAGAGGACAGUAGCCAAGAGCAAAGUGUGAAGGAGGACUCUACUGUUGAAGUAGCUGCAGUAAAAGAAACGUCUAAAGGUGUAGAUGAAACUCAUCAGGUAGAUCAAAAGUUUGGAGCUAACUCUUCAGUCCCCAUCAUUGUUGUUUCUCAAGCAUCUGAUUCUCCGGGAUCAAUGUUAAUACAAGAAACAAGUUCAGUAUCAGGUCAGGUGGCAAAGAAGCAAGACACAGCUAUCUUUGAAGAAGUAAAACAUCCAGAUUCAAGUUCAGAGAAAAAGAAAGCGGAAACACAAAUUCAAGAAAUAACGAUUCCCGAAACCAAAUGCCCUCCGCCUAAAGAUAGUAAUCAAGAUCCUCUGAAGGCAGUGAAGAAACUAUUUGGCAAGGAUAAAGUCCAGGCUGCUGAAAAAAUGGUUACGACUGAGAAAAAAGCUGAUGCUUCACUUCCUCAGGAAUCACUCAAAUCUGUUUCUGCUACCAUGAUCAAACCUGAAGCCUCAAAGCCUGCUCUACUUGCUAAGGUACUGACUGCUGAUACAGGAACUGCAGACAAAGGAAAAGAUAAGAAAGACGAAACAGCUUCAGCAGAGAAAAAGGAAGGCGACGAGACCCUCCCAGCUACAGAGCCCCUUCUUAAAGUCAUAAAAAAGCCCAAAGCUGUCAAAUCUAAAUUUAGUGGUUGGUCCCGACUCAAGAAGCACAUGGUGGUGGAACAGGAAGAGCCCAUAUUUCCAGAAACAAAUUCUCAGAAAGAGGUCACUGGACCGAUUCAGGGUGAGGAGAAAAUGCUUGAAAAGAAACUGGGGGAUGAGCCCAAAGCCGAGAAUGAGACGCAAACCAAAGACCCAAAUGCAACAAAAAGGUGGGACGCUGUCCUUUUCCAAAUGUUUUCUUCUAAAGAGAACAUAAUGCACCAGAUUGAGUUAAACAAAAUGGAGAAGGAGAAGGAGGUGGAGAAGGAGAAGGAGGUUGCAAAAAAUGAACCGAAAGAAAUACCCUCAUUUGCACAUCGACUGCCUGUCUUACUUUUCAGUCCAAAGUUUGACGCUAAAAGACUCAGGGAGGCAGCGUCAAGACCCGUCACAAAAAUUUCGACUGUUUUUGAAAUGGGUCUAAUUGGCCGAAAAGGUAAAGAUGAGGAACCAAAGGACUUUAACAGAACAGCCAGAGGGUUCACGUCAACUUAAGCUAUGUUUAAUAUAACGUUUCCAGACAAAGACUGAAACAAAAUUGAAAAGAAACAAUAUGUGUUUGUAAAGGCGUAGAAUUCUAAGAGGCAGAAAUACAUGUAAAUGUCUCGUUUAUGUCUCUGUGUAAAAAAAAAAUGUUUGUGCCACUGUUAAAGAGAAAUUGACUGAACUUUGUACUUAAAUGCUUUGUGUGAUUAGUUGACUGGAUGGUGUAUGUUAAUAUUUAUGGCUGCUUUGAAAGAGAGAACUAUAUUUGUCUUAAAGUCAUUGAGGUGUCACAUUGGAUUAAAGUGUUUAUGUAAUCUUCCAA